GCGGCGGCAGCGGCCGGAGGCCGGGGAGGCGGCAUUGGCGGAGCUGGGAGGCGGCCCCGGCGCAGGAUUCGUCAUUCCUAAGCCUUGGGCCAAUGGAGGAGAAGGAAAAGCCUCAGAGAUACCACAGGAGGAGGGGCUGUAAACCCAGCCCAGGGAGCUGCAAGAAGGAAAGAACCCCUCUGUGCCAGGAAGGUGGCCCAAGGUCCAGCCGGGGCUCGGAGCUGGUGGAGAAGCCCCACAAGUGCUUGGAAUGUGGGAAGGGCUUCAGCCAGAGCUCCCACCUUGUCCGGCACCAGAUGGUCCACACUGGGGAACAGGUGGACCUACCCUACAAGUGUGGGGAAUGUGAGAAGAGCUUCAGAGACAGCUCCAACCUGAUCCGGCACCUGAGGAUCCACACUGGGGAACAGCCCUAUGAGUGUUUUGAGUGUAAGAAGAGCUUCAGACAGAGCUGCAGCCUGAUGGAACACCGGAGGUUCCACACUGGGGAAAAACCCUACGAGUGUUUGGAGUGUGGGAAGAGCUUCGGGUGGAACUCCGACCUGAUCCGGCACCAGAGGACCCACACUGGCGAGAGGCCCUACGAGUGUCCUGAGUGUGGGAAGAGGUUUCGGAGCAGCUCACAUCUCCUCCUGCAUCAGCGGACUCACACAGACGAGAAGCCCUUCCGCUGCCCCGACUGCGGGAAGGGCUUCAACCGUAACUCCCACCUGACCCUGCACCGGCGCAUCCACACCGGGGAGAGGCCCUAUAAGUGUCCUGAGUGUGGGAAGAGCUUCUCCUCCAGCUCUGGCUUGACCCAGCACCAACGGAGGCACCAGUAAGGUGAACGGUUAAAACCAAAACUCAAGGACAAAGCCUCUCUUACUAGCCAAAUUUAGAAAGCGGUAUGUUUAUGACGCUGGCGGUACUGUGGGGCUCAUCCCCGAAAUGCGUGACUGCACUGCACAAGGUUCUUUGCCUUGUAUUUAUUUCCCAAAAUAAUACAUAUGCACAACCCCAGCACCUCCCAUCUUCACUCUGUGUUAAAAUGAGGUUAUUAGUCUUUCAUAUGUGCGCAAUUCUUCUCUUGAAUUGGGUCGGUGGUCUCAAACUGGGUCAGUGGUCCCAGGGAUGAAGUCAGGAAAGUCUUCGUCAGGUCUCUGUGACCCUCUGGCACAAUCCAAGGCCCCCUGCUUCGUGAUGGAUUAACAUAGAGUCCAGGUGCUGGGCAUUGUUCUACUGGUUUCAAUAUGUUCCUCUAAUGGUUCACUUGCUCCACUUCUUUCUACAAAUGAGCUCAUAAUAUAACAAUUAGCUUUACCUUAAGCAUCUAAUAAUCAUUAACCUAUUGUUGGUGUAUCUAACUUCAAUAUGAAUUGGUUCUAACCCUCAGCUAAAAUCUUAACCCUUUAAAAUCAAUUCAAAGGGAAGCCCUGUGAGUGGCCCAAGUGCAGGAAGAGCUUCAUGCGCUGCUUCAACUCCAUCCCCUGUGGAGACUCGGGGGCCUGCCAAUGGGGCUGUAACGCCUCACCUCUGGUGGGGCAGAAACAAGCAGGGAGAAGCACCCCUCUUAGGUUAGGGUUAGAGGAGCCCUCCCUCCCACAGGCCUCUGCAGGCACAUGUAAUGUGUUAAAUUUCAUUGGUUUACUCAGUUGACAUUACCCCUGUUCAGCCCCUUUUUACCAUAUUCGUAUCCCCCUAGAAUGUUCUUCCAUCUCCUGAUCCCCAUUGGCCCCAGUUUGCUGCAGCGUUCUGCUCCUGUUAUACCACUGGUUCCCCUAGUUCGCUGCCCUUCCUGUUCGCAUUGAUCCUUGACCUUCAGAUCCACCCGUUUUUCCGUAUUUGACCCUGUGUCCUCAAUCCUGCUGGGUCUUUGUCCCUGGGUCCUCUUCGUGGCAAUAAAGGGCUUUCAGAUCUCCAAAGAAAGACCUGUCCCUUGCCUUCUUCACCAGCUCCUUUAGCAAGCGUGCUCCAGGCCUUGAAGGUGCAGGUCGCUCACUGGGACUCGUUGAGGUGCGCUGCUUCAGUCUCCCCUUGGAGGAUCUGCUCUGGAUGAUCCCAGGUGCCCCCCCGUUGGGAAGAGCUCUGGUGACCCCCAUUUUGCAUGAUCUCUAUUUGGUGGGGGGAAGGUGUUGGACAGAUUUCUUUCCCUUCUCCUUGUCUUGCUGUGAUUUGGUUGGUAAUAAAUUCACUCCCUGUACCCAGGCUGGGUCUGUUUUGCCCAUGCUGGUGCCUGGGGCAGAAUUUCUCCCAGUUUUCUCUUCACUUCUGGGCUUUUCCUUGUAUUUCCUUUCCCUGUGCAGUUGCAGAGGGCAAGGAUGGAGCAGUUUUGGUGGCUCCCAGCAUUCUGGCAGGACCAGACCUGCGCAGCCCCAAGGUUCCAAGGGGCUUCUGGGGGUCCCCCAUUUGUGGGUGUCUUGGUUUGGAAAGACAGAUGUCUGCUAAGGAAGGCAGAAGUCUCCCCUGAACUGGAAACUGUAAGCCCCCUCCCUCCCUCCCAAUUGUUAUAAAUUUGAAAUUAAGGGGGACACUCAGGCAAAGAUAUGGGAGCAGGAAUAACAGUUCUUUAUUAGGGAAGAAAAUAAAGAAUAGAAUAAACAAUGCAGUGAACCAAAACAACACUGACAGAGUCAGAAUACGACCUGACACCCUAUUGGUCAGGGUCUUGGUAGCAGUCCAAUCAGAAUAGUGGCUGCAGUCCUCCUGGAGUGGCAAUUGUGGUUCUGUUGGAGCAGUGAUCCUGUAGAAGUGUGUAGUCUUCCUCUCAAGAUCCAGUGGAAAAGGCAGCUGUUCCUCUGGGAAUCCAGUGUAAAGGCUGUUCUGGUGUCCCAAAAGCUCAGAUUAUAUCCAGUUAGGAAUGCUUGGCUCCUCUCUCUGGGCGGAGCACCUUACUAUGGGAUGCUGUAAUUUUUAUAAGUCAUGCAGUGACAUUCAAUAGCCCAGCAGAUGCCUCCCCGGAGGGAGGAUUGGUUUGUGGAAGAGGUAAAGAAAACUGCCCAAUUAACAGAAGAUAACUGCCCAACCUCUAACAGAUGGCAAAUAGAAUACACAUUGCCUUGCAGUCUAGGACAGUGGGACAUCCCUGCUGGAGGAGAGUGUCCCCCCUUGGUGCAGCCCCAGCCCUUGGGCAGUGUUCAGCCAAGCAGAGAACACUCUCAGCUGGGGCCUCAUUUCUGGGCACACUUGAGCCCCUGGACAUCUCAGUACCCAUCUUGGAGUUCACCUGAGUUUCUGAAUAUCUGGAACCCCAUUUUUAGAGCUGUUUUGUGUUUGCACAGCCUGUUUUUUUGUAGCAGGGGUGGGUUCUGAGAGAAGCUACUGGAAGCUUCUUCCAUGUCUGGCAGAGAAAUUCCCUGGUGGUUCCAAAGAUGGAGGUGCUGGAUGCAGAGAUCCCCCCACAGCCCCUGGAGAUCCACAGGGAUGCAGAGAUCCUCACACUCCCAGUGCUUCUCACUUCAUUCCCUGCCCCUCUGAGUGCCCUCCAUCCAUCCACCCUCUAGUCCCUUCCAGUUCUCAUCCAGGCCAUCCAAGUCCCAGUCUAUUCUGCUCAGUUCAGUCCCAGUCCCUUCCUGUUCAAGCCCAGUCCCUGGGAUUCCCUCCAUCACUCCCGGUCCAUUUCCAGUCCCUUUCCAGUUCAUUCUCAUUCCUUCUCAGUCCACUUAGAUCUGCCCCUGCCCUCUCAGUGCUCCCCAACCUGCUCCACUCUCUCUUAGUGCCACCCCAUUCCAUUCCCCAUCCCUCUCAGUGCCACAACAGCCCUACACCCUCUUUCUCCCCAUACCCCGCCACUAUCUCCCUGCUCUCUCCCACUGCCCCCUAGUGUGUCCAUCUCACUGGUGCCGUGGAGCUCCCAGGCCAGCCCCAGCUGCCUACUCUGCUCUAUGAUGAAUUUUCACCCUGCAUAGGUGCAGCUGAGGUGGCUCCAGGGCCAGCAGGAGCUCUUGGGUCACAUGCUGGCCACUAAUGUGGUCCCCAGUGGGGACUGGACCUACCAGCUCCUGGUUCUGCUGGAAACCUC